GUAACGAACCCAAACGAUCAGAGAGAACUUUUCCCGCUAACGAGAGAGAGAGAGAGAAGAGAGUGAUCGAAGAAAGAAGAUGGCGAUGGAAGUAGCAACACCGGCUCCGGCACCGGAGAGAAACAUCGUCCUCGCGCCGCCGUCAGUGAAGGCCACCGCCGAGAGUCACAAGAAGAACAGGAUCCAAGUCUCCAACACGAAGAAACCAUUGUUCUUCUACGUUAAUCUCGCCAAGAGGUACAUGCAGCAACACAACGAGGUCGAACUCUCUGCACUUGGAAUGGCGAUCACAACUGUGGUAACGAUCUCUGAGAUCUUGAAGAACAAUGGAUUAGCUAUAGAGAAGAAAGUGUUGACAUCGACUGUGGGAAUGAAAGACGAGACUAAAGGAAGGAUGGUCCAGAAGGCAAAGAUUGAGAUUGUGCUGGGCAAAUCAGACAAGUUUGACUCUUUGGUGCCACCUGUGACCAACGGCAAAACUCCCGAGGAGGUAGCUAAAGCUGAGACCGACGCGGCUAUUGAAGCACGAGAAGAAGCUGCAGCCACCGAGGCCUAGGAAGGAGCCUGUCUCAGAAAACACACCACAGAGAAAGAUCGAUAUCACUCUUUUAUUGUGCAUUGUUGUUUUUGUUUCAUUUUGUGUGACAUAUCGAAUGAACAUAAUACUCUAGAUAUGAUAGUAGUUGUUUAGUAUGAGAAAUAUAUGAUUUUUUUUCUUUCUCAAAACA